AUGGCUGGAGGAAAGUAUGACAGAGCGCUUUCUAUAUUUUCGCCAGACGGCAGAAUAUUCCAGGUCGAGUAUGCGCAGCUAGCUGCAGAGAGAGGCUCUCCUGUUAUAUUCUACUCAGACGGCAAAACUAUAUCCGUGGCCAUUGAGAAAAGGGCCGAGAGCAAGCACAAAGUGCUUUCAGACUUGGACAAGUUUAAGGAGGUGGAGACAGGCAUAUAUUUAACGUUUGCAGGAAUAUGGCCAGACAGCCUUAUAAUCAUAGACAAGGCCGUGUUUAUAGCCAGAGAGUAUGCGUACAGGAUCGGAGAGACCAUCGACAUAAUGAAGCUCUCGCUGGAGCUUAGCGACUUUAUACAGAAGUACACAAUAACAGGCGGAUACAGGCCGUUUGGGGUGAAGGUAGUUCUUUUGGGGUUUUACAACGGAAGCUCGGUCAUCUCCAUGAUAGAGCCAGACGGAAACUACGCGCUCUACAAGGGCGGCGCCAUAGGGGCAAAGAGCGAGAAAGCCAUCAAGGAGCUGGAAGGCGCAACCUCCGAGUCUCCAACCGUAGCAGUUGCAAAGGCGCUGUACACUGUCGCGCAGAAAGACGCGAAGAAAAUGUCUCUGUUUGAAAUAACAGAGGAAGUAGCGACCAUACUACCGCAGGACCACGUAUCCCAGAUAAUAGAGUCGUUUUCCCAAUAA